UGAACAUGCGGUGAUGUGCGGUGAACGUUAUGAUAUUGCGUUUAUUACUUGCAAUUCCGUUGCCUUUCAAACGAAGUACUUUACAUCUUUUUUAAUAUUGAUUGCAUUUUCUGCAAUGGAUGCUGAAACGGAGAAUGAUAAACUUAUUAAAGAAAUACCGGUUUUUUUGAGUGAUGAUUUACGACAUUUAUUGUUGUUACACUAUCCUACAAGAUUGUUGAAAAACGAUCAGUUGCUGACAUCAAAUGUCACCCAAUGUAGAUAUAAGACAGAAUGUGAAGAAUUGGAAGUAUCUUAUGCCCUUAAUACUGAUAUAAAUUAUGAUAAAGGACAUGGGCAAGAAUUGGUUGCGGAAACCGAUAAAACUACUAAAGAUAAAAGCGUCUACCCCAGUGGUAUGGUUGAUCAAUUAAGUUUUGAAUCUCACAAGAUAUCAUCAAAUACUACGGAUAUGAUUAUGUAUACUUCUGGUGAAAGUAUUCAUUUGUGUCCACUUAAGAACACAUUAAAUAUGUUACCUAAAUUGAAUCACAUUGAUAAAAUAGAUCCAAAAAAUGAUAAUAAAAAUAAUUCCCAAAACCCAAAUGAUGUGUCUGAGGAAGAGGAAGAAGAAAGUGAACAAAUAAUGGCAAAAUUCAAAGAUAGACCUGGGAAAAAAAGUGAAAAGAAAAAAAUGCAAGAGAUGGUUAAACAGAGAGCAAUGGAACCUUGGAUAAAUUUGAAUUUUGUGCCAAAUGGUCAAUACUUCUCCAGAUUAGAAUUGGAUAAGUUUAAGUUACCAAAAUUAAGAAGUUCACAUAAAAAUGAUAUUGUUCAAGAAAUCACUUUAAACGAAAAAGUAAAUGAUAUUGAAAACAUCAAUCCUAUUAGAGCACGCCAGUUAUCUUAUAAUAAAAUAAAAUCUUAUUCCUUAGAAAAUAAGAUAAAAAUACUUUUAUUUAAUACAAAAAUGGUAUCUACAAAAGUAUUAAUAGAUCUCCUACAGAAAUGUGGUGUUCCACCUAAUGAAAGUAUUACUACAAUUUUGACCAAUUUGAGAAAAAUUGCUCUUUUGAUUCGUGGACAUUGGACUAUUAAGAGUGAGGAACUUUACCCAGAAAAUACCAUAUCAUCUCAUUUUGGCUUGAGUUUUGAAGUCAUGCGUUUUCUUAGAGAUUAUAUCAUUCAUAUGUUGGAUUCAGAACAAAUUGUCAAUCGAAAAAAUAUUGGGAAAAUGUUUAAUUCACCUCCAGAAGAAGUUAAAGAUGCUCUAACCUCUGUAGCUAUUCUAGAUGAAAACAAAACAUGGAAAUUGUUAGCUACUGACAUUGAUACAUUUAUAGAAACUGUAGAUGAAUAUAGUGAUAUAUGUAAGGAGCAAAAGGAUUGGUGGGUGGCAAGAAUGAAACAAAUCAAUGCAUGGCUUGAGCAUAAACCCAAAAAAAGUUGAAUGCCAAAUGUAUUGUAUUUUAUUUUGUAUAAUAUAUAAAUU